AUGUUUCUGGCCAAAAGAGAAUUGCACACUUCAAUACGGUUAGCUGCCAGAACCAGAUACACAAAGCCCAAACCAAAGCAGCCGGUUGGCAAGCCUAUUGCGAAUUUGGCUCAGAAAGCACAUCACAGCAAUGAUUUGCGUGUUACGGCACCCAUCCCGCCUGCUACGUCAAAUGUUCAGGUUCCUGACGAUCAUCCUUUAUGGCAGUUUUUUGCGGACAAAAAGUACAUGCGAAAGUUCGAUGAACUAGAUACCGAUUCGAGACCUUGGACGGUGGCGGAAUUAAGAAGAAAAUCGUUUGAUGACCUCCAUUCGCUGUGGUACACAUGUUUGAAGGAAAGAAACGUCUUGGCCAGAGAAAACCAUUUGUUAAGAAACGACAUAGGAUCUAAUCAAGAAAUCUAUGAAACCGUGGCCGAGAAGAUUAGAACUACGAUGUGGAGGAUAAGGCAUGUUUUGAGCGAACGGGAUCAUGCUUUUGACAAGGCCCAGAAAGAUUUUGAUAAAUACCGCGAGGGCUUUCUACAAGAUUUUGAGCAAGAAUUUUUGGCUACUCCGGCUUCCGAGGAUCAACAAGCAUUUGAAAAGCUUGCACGUCUGCAAUUCAGCAUCUUUGGCAUCAGUGAAUAUAUCGACGAAAACCGGGUCGAUCGCAAGUUUGUCGAUGGAAUGAAGUAUGUUGCAACCCUAAAAUUGAAAAGAUUUGCGGCAAGGAACGCAGAUAUCGAGUCUAUCUUAGAAGGAUCGAACUACAGUAUUUCAGAUGCCGGUGAGGCGUUUGUGAUAUUUACGGCAGAAAAUACUGAAAGCGCUGCCGUUGAAGCCUGUCAGGUCGUUCAAGAGCUUCGUGAAAAGAAGUCAACUGUAAAAAGGUACGACGAACUCGACACUGUUGGCGAAUACGUCCAGAAAUUGGCUGCUGCCCAAGCAGAGCAAGCAGCUGUCACCACUGCUGAACUCUGA